UUAGUAGUUGCUCCAGUGCAAGUGUGUGCUGUUCCUGUAACUUUUGGCACCAGUAUGAUGAGGGAAGAAGUAAGUACUGUUAUUCGACCUGUAAUGUUUGCACAUCGACAGGAUAUGAUGUCAACCAGUUUGGAUGAAAAAGUCGACGUAAAAGGGAGACUAAACGAGGCCGAUAGUUCUAUUAAAGUUAUCUUUCAUCAUUGCAAAAACUCAGGAGUUCCGUGGACAGCCGUUAAUGGACAUCUGCUUCUUGAGCUUCAUGUAGCUGAACGGCAAGUGGAUCUUCUGGAUCCGCAUACCCAGGUAUAG